AUGUACGAAGGGAUUGACAACUUGAAAUCCCUUUACGACCGUGCCGGGAAGACUUUCUCCGGCGGUCCUUCUGCGGCACAGGAUGUGCCGCGUCGUACUGCUCAACCAGACCCAGUACGUCGAUCAUCAGUUGGGAGCGGGGCUCCCAGGAAUCCCAGGAUGGGGGAUAGCCGCGCCACCGGACGAGAUAACUCGUCCGACGUCCGUUCACGUCGCGGUGGUUCAACAGCUGCUCAACUAGAUAGCGCUGGCGACCGCGAGAGUCCUCUAAUGGAGGUGGAGGAGGAGGAAAGACGCUCUCCACACGAUCAUGUGAAUCGGUGUGUUCCCGAGAGCUUCUUUGAUCGCGUAACGCAAGGGUUACGCGACGAUCUCGAACAUGAGCGGAAUAGGCGUAUCCAAAUGGCGGACACUGCCUCGAAGCAUCGAGCUGAGUUUACCUUUGCUCAGCUUGAGAACGAGAGAUCUCUGACAUCUCUUCGUGACGAGCUAAGGGUAGCUCGUGGGAUUGUUGAUCGGUCUCGGGAUGAGAUAGCUGCUCUUCACACCCUUGUUGAUGCCCACCAUCGGGAGCACAAGGCUCUCUGCGAGAUGCUUGAGCGCAAGGGCGUUCUUCAUCGGAAGAAGCAGCGUACUGAUGGUACGGCUUAA